CCCUCGACUUCACACGCACGCACUCGUGCAAAAAGAAGCUCGCAUUUUCGCGUUUUUCAUCUUUCUGAAUAGCAGCAACAUUUUAUUAGCGAGUGAUCUGCCGCGUAAAAGCAGUUUCUUGUUUCCCGUUGCGGCGAAUCGGGUUUCCGGAUUCCAGAAAGUAUAAACGGUCGCUUUUUACUAUUACGCGAUUCGGUGCAAGGCGGAUUGCUCAGCAGAGCACUUCUUUUUUGUCGUCAAAUUUGAGCCACAUACAAAAUGGUUAACAACGAUAAGCAGCAGCCGCAGGAUGACGAAAAUACUAUUGCUGACAAUACGGUUGUGCAAAAGUACAAAACAGCUGGAGCGAUCGUAAACAAAACACUCCAGAAUCUGAUUCAGUCGUGCAAAGUAGGAGCAUCGGCAAAGGCACUCUGUCAGAAAGGAGAUAACCUGCUGGAACAGGAAGCAAACAAGAAAUACAAAAAUGAGGAGGAUAUGAAGAAAGGAAUUGCCUUCCCAACAUGUCUCUCGGUGAACAACUGCAUUUGCCAUUUCUCACCCUCGAAGAACGACCCGGACUAUGCUCUAAAGGCAGGAGAUGUAGUGAAAAUUGAUCUCGGAGCGCACAUCGAUGGCUUUAUCGCAGUGGCGGCACAAACAAUCGUGGUCGGUGCCACGGUGGAGAACAAGUGUAAGGGUCGUGCGGCCGAUGUCGUACUGGCGGCGUAUAACGCCAGUCAGGCCGCCCUUCGGCUGCUAAAGGAUGGCACCAGCAACUAUGCCGUGACGGAAGCCGUACAGAAAAUUGCCAGCGAGUUCAAGUGCAAACCGAUCGAGGGCAUGCUGAGUCACCAACUGAAACAGUUCAAGAUCGACGGGGAAAAAACCAUCAUCCAGAAUCCGACGAUCGCACAGAAGAAGGAGCAUGAUAAGUGUCAGUUCGAGAAGUACGAGGUGUACGCUAUGGAUGUGCUGAUCAGUACUGGCGAAGGGCUUGGAAAAGAAUUGGGUACCAAGGUUUCCAUCUACAAGAAGACGGACGAGAAUUAUUUGCUCAAGCUGAAGGCGUCCCGUGCAUUUUACGCAGAGGUGAAGAAAAAAUACGGCACAAUGCCUUUCAACCUGCGUAACUUCGAGGAGGAGGCUAAAGCCAAAAUGGGUGUGAAUGAAUGCGUAACCCACAAGCUGGUUGAGCCGUUCCAAGUAUUAUACGAAAAACACAAUGAAAUCGUCGCCCAAUUCAAAAACACCAUACUGAUCCUGCCAAACGGACUGCAAAUCGUCACCAGCAACACGAUCGAUUUGGGCUGCUUCGAAAGCGAAUACAGCGUGCAGGACGAAGAGAUGAAAAAAUUGCUGGAAAGUGAUCUGGUACUGGCCGAUGCUAAGAAAACAGCGGUAGCUAAUUUGGCUAAAGCUGCAACAAGUGCCGGUAGCACAACCGCCGCCGCAGCCACCACCACCACCACUGUCACUGCAUCAUCAACCGGCGAUGGCGCGCCAGGAACGGGUGCUGCCAAGGACAAGAAGAAAAAGAAGAAGAAGAAGGCGGCGGCUGCGACAGUUGCUGCCACUGAAUCCGGAGCUGGUGACUCGAAGACUGAUGCUGGUUCGAAGGCGACGACGGCGGACUCCAACAAGGAAAACGCCGCCAAGCCAUAAUAUCCUAUGCUCUCGCUGCAUGGCACAGUGCUUUCUAUAUGCGUUUUUGUCGACUUCACCCUGCAACCCCCUCAGCCCCCAUUCUUCAUCAAGACUUCCGUUAGUUCGUCGCAGCUCUACAGCGACAUUUAUUGUAGAAUAGUCUUAAUUUCUUCCUGCUCACCGAUUGGUUUGUAAAGCGCUUAGAGAGAUCGCCCAAUCCGUAGUAGUCUCAGUGGAGAAAAAGGAAGCAGGAAAGGAUGUUGAACUUUUUACAGUAAGCAUAAUUGGUUUUGGUGACCAAUUUACGGUUGGCGCCUUUUACUGCCACUAUACGCAUAAAUGCCCCAUGUUCUAUGGAUUUCCCUAUAUGCAUGGGACAGUUUAUUAUGCGUAGAACAGCAGUAUACUUGUAGCAAUCGUGUUAGAAUUCGUUUUCUUGUGUCUAGCUACUGAUCGUUCUGUUUACAAUCACAAAGCAUGUGAUUUGAAGACAUGUACUGGUGAUCACGUGGAAUAGAAAAUUAUCCAGUAAAUUGAAUAGAAUCCAACCCGUACUAGUACCGUACAUCAUCCAUACUUCAAAAGGGAAAGUAGACGUUAGCAUACAAAAAGGCUUCCCUUCUGUUCAGUGCGGGGAAAAUAAAAAAUAGUAGAACACGAUGUAAGUACCUUUUUGUCUGAAAUUGAAUAAAGUCGUUUCGUUGAAGCAGUAUAAUGUACAAUCCAAUCAUUCAUAUUGUAUAAAAAGCCACAGUCGAGUCGUUUGCAAGAAUGUAAUUCCGUUUUUUUUCGUAAUAAAUUUGACAAAACCAUAUAAAUCUAUUGAUUUUAAACUUA